AUGACAGUCACUCCAAACGGUGAAAAUGCGGGAUCACAGAGAAAAUUGAGAACAAGUGUGAGUUUGCAGGCUUCCAAAAACUAAUAAAAUUUGGAUAUUUUUGCAGAGCAAACGACAAACUUUGGCAUCAAAACGAAAGGCUCCAACAUCAUUGGUUCGUGAAAAAGAGCAAGUUAGUGGAGCAAAUACGGUAGAUGAUGGAAGUAGUCGAGUACCAAAACAGAAAAAUAUCGAUGAUUCGGCAAGAAGUGCAGUUUUGGAGGAUAAAACGAUGGGUUUUUGGUCGAAAAAAUUGAUUGAAAGAGAAUGGUAUCAUGGAGUUAUGCCAAGAGAGGAAUGUAAUGAACUUUUGACGGUUGAUGGCGAUUUUUUGGUUCGAAAAACGACGGAAAAAUCGAAACCAUUCUUUUGUCUCACAGUUCUUUUCAAACAAGAACCUCGACAUUUUCCAUUAUUUUUUGAAAAUGGAGGAUGGACUUUGAAGAGAGUAAGUUAUCUAUUUUAAAACUCCAUAAAAAUCAAUCAAUAUUCAGCUCGAAAACCCUCAAAAAUUCGGGCACUUGGUUGAAUUAUUAAAUUGGAUGGUUUCCACAAAAUAUCAAUUGGCACCAACUACAGCGAUUCUUGUUCGAGCUGUUCGACAAGCAAAAUUCUAUAUUCAACACGAAGAAAUUGAGCUGGUCAAUAAAUUGGGAGAAGGUGCAUUCGGACAAGUUUGGAGGGGGAAAUUGAAGAAAAAAGGGGAGGAGCCAAUUGAUGUGGCGGUGAAGAAAAUGAAGGGAAAUCCAAAGAAAUCAAUGUUGAGGGGAUUUGUGAAGGAAGCGAAAUUAAUGAGAACUCUGUCACAUCCGAAUAUGGUUAGAGUUAUUGGAGUGGCACCAAUGGACGAACCACUGAUGAUUGUUAUUGAAUUAGCCAAGAAUGGAUGUUUGCAGGUAUGUGGAUCGAAAAGGUUCGAUUGAUUUAAUCAGUAAAUCAUUUUCAGAGUCACCUUCGCAAAGAGAAAGUUAGCCCGAUCGAAAAAUUGACCGGUUUCGCAGUUGACACCGCUCGUGGAAUGGCUUAUUUAUCAUCAACAAUGAUUAUUCAUCGUGAUUUAGCUGCUCGUAAUUUAUUACUUGGUGCAAAUAUGGAAGUGAAAAUUAGUGAUUUUGGUUUAUCAGAAAGUGGAAAAACUGAAGUGAAAGCUGCGAAAAUUAAAGUUCCAAUUAGAUGGUUGGCACCUGAAACAAUUGACACUGCAAUAUUCACAACGAAAACUGAUGUUUGGUCAUUUGCAGUUACAAUGUGGGAAAUAUUUACAAAUUGUAUCACUGAUCCGUUUCCUGGAAUCACUAAUGGUCAAGCAAAAGAUAUUAUUCGACAAAAACAUCCACCUUUAGAAGUUCCAUGCACAAAUCCAGCAAAUACUGAAGCAAUCAAGAAAAUCAAUAGUAUAAUGACUGAAUGUUUUUCAAAAAAUCCCGAACAAAGACCAACAUUUUGGGAGAUUUUGAAGAAAUUGGCACCCGAAGAAAAUGCGGAACAAUAUAGUAAAGUUGUGCCGUUGGUUGAUUUAUCCGAAAAACAUGGGAAAAGUAGAAAAACUAGAAGAGGAAAAGCACCGCCUGGAUUAGCUGUUGACAAUGUUGAAAAGACGGCUGAAGUUGAGAAGAAGAUUGAUGAUGGGAAUCAAGGAGCUGCGAAUAUUGGAGCAGGUGGAAUGGGAGGAGUUGGAGUAGAUGGAGGAGGAGGACAAGAAAAUAUGAAUAUGAAUGGAAAUAAUGGAAUGUAG